GCAAGGGAAGGGCCCGCCGAGCCCGGGCCCUGAUUUCGAUAUCGACUUCUCGAGGCUUCGGCGAGGGUCCAGACGGUGGAACGGUGAGCGGUACAAGCUCCUCGUAGAAACGCCGCCAGGCUGCUUCAGCCUUCCUCACUGGUCUGUCCGGAAUCGUUUCUUAGUUUCCCGCGAGGACUGUUUGAAGACGACCAACCGCAGCCCACAAUUUUGCCGCCCGGCCAACCAGAGGCGAGGAUGGUAGAGGCGUGGGUGUGAGAGCCCGGCCAGGCUGCCAGGAGAGAGUCCAUUUUACCCCGAGGGGAGCAAAAGGGGAGCAGGAGGAGCCGCGGAAGUUCACGGGCCCCCUCCUCCUCGGGUGGGGGCUUAGGCAGGGACAGGCUUACCCUUUCGUAGCCCUCUCCCUGUUUGUGGGCCCAGUGUCAGCCACCAUGUCCCACCAAAUCCCUCUGGGUUCUUCAGUGCCACAAGUCAACUGCCUGGACCUGUGGAGGGAAAAGAAUGACCAGCUAGUUCGACAGGCCAAGGUGGCUCAGGACUUGGAUCUGUCUCUGAGGCGACAGCAAUUGGCUCAAGAUGCGCUGGAAGGGCUCAGGGGACUCCUCCAUAGUCUGCAGGGGCUCUCUGCAUCUGUUCUUGUUCUCCCCUUGGAAUUGACUGUUAUCUGCAACUUCACUACCCUGAAGGCAAGCCUGGCCCAGCGUUUCACUGAGGACCAGGCCCAGGAUAUCCAGUGGGGCCUAGAGAGAGUGCUAGAGACCCAGAAGCAGCUGGGGCCCAGGCUGGACCGUGGAUUUAGAGGGUUGUGGAACUCUGUCCUCCAUGCUUCCGCCGUUCUGCCGCAGCUGCUCCCUGCCCUUCACCACCUAGCUGGCCUGCAGGCUGCCCUCUGGCUGAGCACUGACCAUCUUGGGGACCUGACCUUGCUGCUGCAGACCCUAAAUGGCAGCCAGAGUGGGGCCUCCGAGGAUCUGCUGCUCCUUCUAAAAUCUUGGAGCCCCCCAGCUAAGGAAUCAGAUGACCCAUUGACGCUGCAGGAUGCCCAGGGCUUGAGGAAUGUCCUUCUGACAGCAUUUGCCUAUCGUCAAGGCCUCCAGGAGCUGAUCACAGGGAGUCUGCCUAGGGCACUAAGCAGCUUUCAUGAAGCGGCCUCAGGUCUGUGCCCACGACCUGUGUUAGUCCAGGUGUACACAGCACUGGGGACCUGUCUCCGGAAGAUGGGCAAUCCACAGAGAGCUCUGCUAUACUUGGUUGCAGCCCUGAAAGGGGGAUCCAUCUGUGGUCCUCCACUUCUGGAGGCCUCCAGAGUAUAUCGGCAACUGGGGAACACAGCAGCAGAGCUGGAGAGUCUGGAGCUUCUGGUUGAGGCCUUGAGUAUCCCUCCUACCUCUGAAGUCCCCCAUUUUCUUAUUGAGGUAGAGUUGCUACUCCCACAACCUGACCCAGCCUCGCCUCUUCACUGUGGCACACUGAGCCAGGUCAGACACCUGCUAGCAAGUCGAUGCCUACAGAUGGGAAGGACAGAGUACGCUGCAGAGCAUUACUUAGACCUACUGGCCCUGUUGCUGGAUGGCUCGGAGCCUAAGUUAUCUCCACCCCCCUGCUCCUCAGGGCUGUGUAUGCCUGAGAUAUUUUUGGAGGCAGCAGCAGCACUGAUCCAGACAGGCCGAGCUCAGGAUGCUUUGACUGUAUGUGAGGAGCUGCUGCGCCGCACAUCAUCUCUACUGCCCAAGAUGCCCCUGCCAUGGAAAAAUGCCAGCAAAGGAACCAAAGAGUCACCACACUACCCACUUUGGGUCUCUGCCACCUACCUGCUUCAGGGCCAUGCCUGGGUGCAACUAGGGGUCCCAAAACAGGCAAUUAGUGAAUUUAGCCGGUGCCUUGAGCUGCUCUUCCGGGUCACACCUAAGGACAAAGAACAAGGGCCUGCUUCCAACUGUGAACAGGGGUGUACGUCAGAUGAGACACUACAACAGCUUCGGGCAGCUGCCUUGAUUAGUCGUGGACUAGAAUGGGUGGCCAGUGGCCAGGAUACCAAAGCAUUACAGGACUUUCUCCUCAGUGUGCAGGUGUGCCUAGGUAAUGGAGAUGCUUCAUUUCACCUGCUUCAGACUCUGAGGAGGCUGGAUCGGAGGGAUGAGGCCACUGCUCUUUGGCGGAGACUGGAGGCCCAAACUAAAUUGCUACAGGAAAAUGCUACAUGGUCUCUCCCCCUGUACCUUGAAACUUGUUUGAGCUGGAUCCAUCCUCCUGACCGUGAAACCCUUCUUGAAGAGUAUCGGACAUUUCUGCUGGAGCCUUGUGACUUGUAGCUGCCAAGUUACAAAGAGUCUGAGCUGGGGUCCCAGUGGGCCAUCUUUCUGUGGGGAGGGCUUUCUGCUAUACCGUCCUUGGGAAUGUGUUCGGAGGUGACCAUCCCUAUAUAAGUCCGGCUUUGGAGAGGUUGGUGGUACUCCUACAAAAUUUUUUGGCCUAGUUAUUUCCAUCUCGUUCCAGAGGACCUCUUGUUUCCCCCAUCCCCACCAACAAUGAGGCAUUGACUUUGCUCACGGCACCUUUUUUCCUGU